AAACCACUUUCAAUGAACCAUUCAUUCUUCGGCAGACCAGGAGAAGGAAAGAACUAAGAAUCUAUCUGCAUCUGAGAGAAAACGUCCGAGACGAAAACUCGUGGAUAUAAGAGCCAGAAUACGUUUAACGGAAACAGAACGCGGUAGAACGGCAGAGGAGAAAAUACAAAUUUAGACAACGAUCCUCGUCAUCCAGGAAGAAGGAAGUGGACGACAGGUAGACAGGAGAGGGGAGGAAUAGAGGGUGGGCACUUGCGAACGCUUCGGGGGCCCAUCUGAACUUUGUGGUUCAUAUCAUCAUGAAGGUGUCUGCUGUGAUAAUAGUAAUUUCUGUGACGAUCAGCAUAACUUUGGCAGUGUUCAUGUACUUGAAGAGGAAUGAGGAGGAGACGAUCGUUAAGAAAGCCACCUUCAUGGACAUAAAGGUUCGAGUGACACAUGAUGUGCUGGGAGAGUACCAAAGUGAGGCGGAGAAGCUGCAGAAGAGCCUGGAUGAGGGCACCAAGGAGCUGGAAGCAUUGAACUUGGCUCUAAACACUGGUCAGACUGAAGCCAAGGAGAAAAAUGCCGAACUGCAAGCUUGCCAGAAUGAUUUGAAAAAAAUUAAAGAUGAAACUGUUGCUACAGAGAAGGACAUGAAAUCUGAUAAACUUGUGAAGGAAAAGGCCAACUGGUCCAAGGAGAUUGCUGACCUGGAAAAGCAACUGGAGCAGAAGAGCAAAGUUUGUGACUUUGUGAAGAAGGAUUCAGCAGAGGGCAUGAAACUGUGUGGAAACCCAAUUCCAGAACCUGCCAAACAAGAAGCCCCAAAAGCAGAAGCCCCAAAAGCAGAGGCCCCAAAAGCAGAGGCCCCAAAAGCAGAAGCCCCAAAAGCAGAGGCCCCAAAAGCAGAAGCCCCAAAAGCAGAGGCCCCAAAAGCAGAGGCCCCAAAAGCAGUGGCCCCAAAGCCAAAAUAGAAAUAACCACCCAAUCAAAAAACAAAAUGCCCAGGCAAACAGGGAUGGACACAGACAGAGGGAAAAGACAAAGAGAAGCAAACAAGGGGAUGAAAACCUUCAGCAGGACAUUUGUUUCCCUUUCUCUCCUCUGCAUUCUUUUUCACCAUAGCAAUUUUUUUCUCCA